AUGACUGAUGACGACGAGCUCAAGUCUGUCCCGCUCUCCCUGGCUUCUGUGGAGGAAGGACAAGCUGGGGCCCAGGCACAGGGCCCAAGCGACACUAAUGCGACGCAAGAGUAUGCGGGACUGCUCGCUGCAAGCGCCCUGCAAGAGCGGGAUAGCGCCUACUUGUCCGUCAGGGCCUUCACGCUCCCUUUUUCGUUUCUCCAGGGUUAUUUGGAGAGAGACGUGGAGGAGUGUUGGGAGAAGAUACACUGCGCUAUUCUCGCUGGGGAUGAUGCCAGCGUGCCAGGACUGGUCCACGAAUUCAAGGACAAGGCAUCUUCGUGCCUGGAUAUGGCCAAAAAACGCAAGUUCUUAGCAGGCCUAGGGCGGCAGAAGCCCCGUGAUCUCAGGGUCUUCCUCCAGUAUUUGACACUGGACAGAACCAGCGAUCAGCAGUACCCGCGGGACACAAGUCAGUGGAGAGGCUUAACGGAGCUGGAGGGAUUUGAUGACUGGGCUCGGUCUAUUGUCAUGGCCAAGGACUCCAAGAUAUGCAAAUGGCUGGCACUGAUGGCAAGCAAUCAGAUGAUCGACAUCAACGGGAGGCAGAAGCGUCUGGUAAACGCGAGGAAGUUGAUUGGCUUUCUUGCUAUUGCGGGUGGGCUGGGUGCCAGCAUUUUGUUUGGCACGCCUGUUGUUAUUCUUGCCUCAGAAGUCUUCCCACGAUGGGGGAACAUAAUCAUUGUGGUGGUAUGGGUGAUCUUGCUCUUGAUUUUUCUAAUUGCAUGGGGUGUCAAGUCUUCUAGCUUGUUUCUAUUUGUCUUGGCAUACACCACCAUGCUGGCCAACGUCAACAUGGGGGGUUCCAAGUGA